CCUAUAACGAACCUAAACUACUCAUCAGAAUUGAGGUCAGAUGUCGCAAGGUCGUUAAAACAGACAACUGAUAGAAACUUGAUAGGUAUUAAGGCGUAGAAAUGAUCUAGAAAACAAAUUAAGCUGCGACAGGCGUUCGAUUUCAAUACAUUAUAAAGGUUUCAAAUAGUACCCAAAGCAGAACACAACAUACAUACAUACAUAUUUGUCGCUGCAAUUAGACCAUUUGGAAAAAAUAGAACAAUGACGCAGGUGUUCAUAAACGGAGCCACGGAUGCAGCCAAUGUGCGGGAGCAUGACAGCCUAGAUGCCUCCAUACAGGAGCUGAUUCGUGCUGCUGCAGAGGCACGCAAUCACGCCUAUUGCCCAUACAGUAAUUUUGCAGUUGGCGCUGCCAUACGAACGAGCGACGGCUCCAUUUACACUGGCUGCAAUAUCGAAAAUGGCGCCUAUGCCGCCAGCAUAUGUGCGGAAAGAACGGCGGCGGUGAAAGCCCUAAGCGAGGGCAAACGUCAGUUUGUGGCUUGCGCGGUUGUGGCACAGCAGGACAAUGGCUUUACAACGCCCUGUGGGGUCUGUCGACAGUUUCUAGCCGAGUUCGCCAGCAACGGCCGGGAUAUAGCCCUGUACGCAGCGAAGCCCACCAACCUACCGCUCCGUGUACUCUGCACCAGCGUGCUGCAGCUGCUGCCAAACGGCUUCAGCUUUUCCAGUAGCAAAUGAAGUCAAAA